UUACUACUCACAAAACAAUAAUAUACUAUUUCAUGGUUUGUGUCAUUCGAACUUCUGCCAAUGAUGACUUUUUAUUAAUUAUUCCAAUUCAGUAUCAAUUAGUUUACCCUUUUAUUUCUUUUCAUUGAUGAAUUCUGCUACUCCAUCCCAAGAUACACAAGCUACUUUUAUAACUGAAAUCGGCCCUUCUACAUCUUCCACCCAUGCCAAUAGAUAUAUACCGAGUGGAAGAAUAAUAGACUGCUGCACACUAUGCGAGUAUGGUGUUAUUACAGUGACUUGUGGAGUGUGCUUUCGUGAAACCCAUAAAAAGUGUGCAGAAGCUUUCCUCAGGGGAACUGAUAAAAAAUUUGACGUCGAUUUGGACACUUGGAGAUGUCCUAGAUGCGUAACCAUGGUUCAUUUGAACGACCCUGGCAGUUGCGAUAAGAAGAAGAGUCAGGGUAGAAGGAACAGCCAAAAGUUCAGCAUUCGUCACAAUGGAAGAGACCACCACCCCAUCGAAAGAAGGAUCGGAAAGCCUUUCCAAGCACAGCUCCCACAGACACAGCACUCAUCCAUCUUCUAUAGCCUCCGAGAGGAGGGUAGGUGAUAGCCGUACCAUGACCCGUGGAGAUUCCAGGAGGAUGUCCAGGUUGUCGGAAACUGUAACGGUGAUCUCGGACUGCGGGAAAGUCCCGGACACCUGCGUGCUCUGCGGCCACGGCAUACCUUACACCAAGUGCAACUGCUGCGAGAACGAGGCCCACGAUAGGUGCAUCGAGGCCUUCUUUUGCACCACUGGCAAGAGGGUGAACCUGGAGAAUUGGUGCUGUCCCAAGUGUGUCACUUUGUGCCACUUGGAUAAGGAGGACGCUGCGCGUAAAGAUGAGCAGUUCAAGGAGGAGUCGAAAUCUAACCAAGUAGAUAUGUUAGAAGACGUGCCAGUCGUUGAAAUCGAAUGCCCUUUCUGUAAAAUCGAUAUGGAUCUGAAAAACUGCGAGUGUAGAGAGUGCGUGGGAUGCCUCAAGAAGAGCCUGCAAUCGCAUAGAUGCUCAUGCGACUCGGAGGGUAAACCUCAGAUGCUGAGAUACAACAAGUGUCUUCAGUAUAGAGACUUCAGCACGAAGAUCGAAUAUAAAUAUCUGGAAGACGAAGAGGAAGAGGGAGAGGAAGAUAGAUUCGAGAUUGUCGAGAAAGGGCAUAAGCCUAGGCAUGAGCCAAGGCAUGAGCCGAGGCAUGAGCCAAGGCAUGAGCCGAGGCAUGAGCCAUGGCAUGAGCCGUGGCAAGAGCAGGAAGAAGAGGUGGAACAAAGCCUUUUGGUUAAAAUUUGCUGGUCUAUUGCCUGGUGUCUACUACUCAUCAGUUUUGCAUUUCCCAUAGCACUCAUCAGUUCUUUGAUCUUCAUUGUUGUCUACUGCGUCGAAGCGUGUUGUAAGUGUUGCCAUCCCGUGUGCAACUUCUUCAUGGAAGGAAUUAAGCUGCCUGGUACCUGUUGCAGAGGUAUCUGUUCAGGAGAUCCUAUGUGCUCAUCCAGUGACAAUGCUAAAAAGGAAAAAACCUGAUAACUCACAGAAUAAUUGAAAUAUAUCUUCGUCUCCAUGAAAAUAUAAUUUUAGGGGAAAAA